CGUUGGCGAGUUCGGUGGUUGCCGCCGCUUGGCCGUUCGUGCAGGUGAAUGUGUUCGACGUCGGUUGAUGUGAACUUUCGGCGUAGAGCUUUCAAAGUUUCUUAUGCGUCUAAAUUGGGGCGUGAAGUUCGCGUGUAGAUGCCGAGAUGGAGAGCCACGACGGAGCUCAAACGACGACGGAACAGGUGACGGGCGGCCCUGCCGAACACGCCGGACUGGACACCAAGUGUGUGUUUUGCAAGCAAGACGUUUCAGAAACGAGUGAACCGCAACUUCUUCCAUGUCUUCACACAGCGUGCAAGCUAUGCAUACCCACAGAACCCGCCGUUCGGUGCGCAGAAUGCCAGCAAGACAUCUCCGGCCAGGAUGUCAUCAGUCAUCUGUUCCUCAUGGAGCAUCUAGCUAGCAACAGCGAAAACAAGGGCAGCGAGACAGCCAAGACUUACACCUGCACCAGCUGUGAAGACAGCGCCUCAGCCACCGGGUUCUGUGUCGACUGCCAAGACUGGCUGUGCCAGACUUGCAUCGACGCUCACCAGAGGGUCCGAGUCACCAAGGACCACACCAUCAAGACCAAAGAUGAGCUGGAGGGAGAGAAGCCAGCCACUCUUGGCCAGAAGUACAUGUUCUGCGAGAACCACAAACAGGAGCAACUCAAGCUCUACUGCGAAACCUGUGACAAGUUGACUUGCCGUGACUGCCAGCUCCAAGAACACAAGGACCACAAGUACCAGUUUAUAUCCUCAGCUUGUGAGCAGCAAAAAACUAGUUUGAAUGGACUCCUUGCCAAAAUUAGGGAAAAGCAGUCCUACAUAGAGGGUGCCCGCAACCUUGUCAGCAAGCGCCACCACGAGAUUACGCAGCAGGAGCAGAAGGUGACAAGCGACAUCAAGAUGUUUGCAGUAAGGUUCAUCACUGAGAUCAACAAGAGGGGAAAGUUACUUCUGCAAGAGCUAAACGACAUCUGCAAUAAGAAGAAGAUGCAGCUUUCUUCGAAGAAUGAAGAAUUGAUGGCUCUCUCCCUCAAGCUAGCCCAGUGUCACAAGUUUGCCGAGGCAGCCAUCAACCGUGGCAGCGACGUUGCCCUCGUGUUCAGCAAAAGGACCAUCUGCAACCAGAUCGUGUCCCUGGGGCAACAGAUGCGGACGGUGCUCAAGACCCGCUGCGAGAUCCCCAACCCGCAGCAUGUGGUGGACAUCAAGUUCCUGUAUGAGGCAGACUUCCUGACUAGCUACAUUGGGGACAUGGGCUGCAUCCUCGUGGACCAGCAGCCCAUUGUCGGCAACCCUCCCUGGGCAGCCAAGCCUCCGCUGGUGACGGCCGCAGCGCACGCCCAGCACAGGCCUGUGCCCGACGGACCCUCGUCCACUUCCGGGCAGUCUGUCCCACGGUACCCCGAGGGUUACCACCCCGCAUCGCACCCUCCUGGUUCAGGAGCAGGACUCUAUCACUACCCCCAGCGGCAGGGCCCCAUGCCCCCCCUGCACGCCCUGGCGGGCAACCCUCCCCGGCCAAGCCCCCCCGGCUACCCCGGUCCCCCGUACGGGUACGGCAUGGGAGGGGGCCCGCCCCCGCAGCUGCGCCACCUGCUCAACCAGGGCCCCCUGAACCAGAAGGGCCAGGGCCCCAGCAUGGCCGCCCUGAGCCACAUGGCGCGCCUGGGACCCCCCGCCAUGACGGGUGGCGCCUACGCCAUGCAGAAGGUGGCCCCCGGGGGACACCCUAUGCACUCGCCUCUCCAGCCGGGAAUCAGGCACCCGCAGCAGCACGGGGGACCAUCUCAGCAGGCCAUGGCGGCAGCACAGCAGGCUCGCAUCCAACAAAUGAAAGAGCAUCAGCAGCAGAGACAACUACAGCAGCAGCAGCAGCUGCAUCAUCAACAUCAGCAACAGCAGCAACAUCAGCAGCAGCAACAACAGCAACAUCAUCAGCAGCAGCAACAGCAGCAGCAGCAGCAACAGCAACAGCAACAGCAACAGCAGCAGCAACAGCAGCAACAACAGCAGCAGCAGCAGCAACAACAACAGCAACAGCAUCAUCAGCAGAAUCAUCAAGUCCCUCAGCAGAUGCAAGUCACCGCUAGUGUCCCCAUCACCCUUAACUCGUCCAUCACCAUUUCACCCAUCAGCUCCGACAAGUCCAGGUCGUCCGGGAACGGGCCCCUGCCCUGCCCUCCACCGCUGGCCACGGGGGUGCAGAUCAUCCCGCAGCCCAAGACGCAGGUGAUCAUGCUCGACUCGACCGGCGCCGCCCGCGCGGCCGCCCUGCAGCAGCAGCGCCGGAUGUCCGCCACGUCGAGCUCUUCCUCCAGCGGAACACCCCCGUCAACCAGGAUCCCCUCCCACCUGAUCCAGGGAGGGUCGCCCAGGCUGCCGGAGGCCAGCGUGCUCGAAAGGAGCAACUCGAUCACCAUCACGCCGGUGGUGGCGCAGUCGGUGGCGUCUGCGCGCACCUCGUCCCCGUCGGUGUCCGUGGUGCGCAUCAAGGAGGAGCCCAAGUCGCCGGGAGAGCAGCAGCUGCCCUCGUGCAGCGGGGACUCGGUGGCCCGGGCCGUCCAGGCGCCCCUCAACGGCACCAGGGCCAGCCCCUCCGAAACCGCCGCUGGGAUGGCCUCUCGCUCCCUGAAUGACUUUGCCAACCAGUCCAUUGGCAACAUGCUUCAGUCUGGCGGGUCUAAGGAAUCGAGGCAGGAGAAGCAGCCGGGGCAGCCGGGGGGGCAGCAGCCCGCAGACAGCAGCUGCAGCCCCUCGUCCAUAGCUGAGGCGGUCGGCUCUCCUCGGACGGAGCCCUCUGGCGGCGGAGGGGGGCCCCCCGUCCAGGACUGCUUCGAGGACCUCUCAACUCUGGAGGAGCUCCUCAAGAUCGGCGACAAGAGCUUCAGCCUCAUGCCCCGGGGGGGCAAGGGACCCACCCCGCCCUCCUCGGCGGGGGCCUCCAGGGCCCCCCCCCAGCAGAACGGGGCCCCACCCCCGGAAGGGCGCGGGGCGGGACUGAAGAUAGUAGAGACGCACAGCCUGCAGAGCAGCUCGGACCCGAACGAGGACUGGUGCUCGGUGUGCCACGACGGAGGGGAACUGCUCUGCUGCGGGUCGUGUCCUCGUGUCUACCACCUGCAGUGCCACGUGCCUUCCCUCAGCGCCACUCCCAGCGAAGACUGGACUUGCUUACUGUGCCUGGAUAUCCUCAAGUGCAACAUCCCUCGGGAGUCAGCGGGUUCCAAGCGAAAAACUCCCGUUGGGCUCAGUGGAAGAGAGCUCCUGAUAUGCGAGAGGAUCCUGCUACACCUGUUUUGUCACGAACUAAGCAUUCCGUUUCACAUUCCUGUAAGCCGGACGGUUCCCAACUACUACAAGGUGAUCACCAAGCCCAUGGAUCUGACAACGAUAAAGCAGAAGCUCUCUCCCUCGCACUUCAACCACUACGAAGAUGUGCCCGAAUAUUUGGCAGAUAUCAAGCUCAUCUUCAAGAAUUGCUACACCUUCAAUCAUGUCAAGUCUGGGAAGGAUUCUCAGGUAUGCCAGCAGGCAAGGACUCUCGAGCGGGACUUUGACGCCCUGGUGAACAAGUACCUCCCGGAGCACUUUGCGGAGCUGAGGGACGCCCAGGCGGACCCGGUCCAGGGCUACGACUCGGACCCGGAGAAGCGCAAGAAGCAGCGCGUGACCAACUCGCCCGAGAACCCGGUCGUCGUGUCCUGAUGCUGGGACCCAUGCAAUGCAAGAGCAAUGCCCUCUCUGAGGAGGGAUGCCUUCCAAAGUCUCCAUUAUUUAUUGUUUAUACAUAUCCCUCGUAGUCUUUGUUCCUGCGAAGUCUGUGUCUGUUGUUCUGUUCCUACUUUCUUCUUGGAAUGUCGAGACAAAUAUAAAAGUUAGCCAAGAAUU